CUUCAAGAAGGCGACGCCAGCUUGAGCGGACAUCUUUCGAAGCUGGCCAGUAGCAGGCCAACAUGCAGCAGCUGUGUGUGUAGAUGACAGGACAGAGGCGAAUCUGUCAUCCGACCAUGUGGAGGGGGUGUGUUCUGCCGGGACAGCAAAUACCGCUGGGCCCAACGGGAACAAGAAGAGAAUGUCGGGUAUCUCAAACCCCUAUGUUUUCCUCCCAUCUUUCGCUACUUUCUCUUCACUUUAUUCGUUUGCCAAUACAUCGGUUUGCCCGAUGUUGUGUCGCCGCGUGCGCUGGGGCAGAUUCAAACACGUAUUUACUUAUAUACCCUUUCAGCAGUUUCCUCUUCAUUAGUUUUUGUUGUUGGGGUAUAUGGGAAUGGAUAGGCAGAUUGUUUAGCUGUGUUUUGCGCUUGUCUGUCUCGUGCGUGUUGCUUGCUGGGUCUCCUGUGCACUGGCCGGCGGUGGUGGGUUCGUGCACUUCCGUCAACUGUGCGGCUUGCUACGGUCGAGAUGACUUGUAUACCUGACUAGGGUAAUGGAUGGUCAAAAAUGGGCUGAAGUUUUAAAGUCAACAAGCCAUUCCCCGAUCUCGCUUACCAAGCUGAGCG